GUUGCACCUUGGUGGAUAGCUGAGUACUUUUUAGCAAAAACAGUCAAAUCAGCUCCUAACACAUCUCUUAUUGCGUGCUCAAAAAAAAGAGAAAAAUAUAGAGAGAGAGGCACACACGCUUAAAAGCCAAGGGGUGUAGGCAUUAUAUAUACAACUAUGUAUAUAUAAUCGAUACACAUGGUUACACAAAAGAAGCAUAUAGAGAGAUACAAGCAGUUAGAGAGCCAGAGAGAGAGUGAGAGAGACCACAUUGAGAACAAGCUCCAAGCAUCUCAGAAACAAGAAAUUGUGUCGCGCUUUCUGUCAACCGGUUAGUAUGACUGCAAUCACGCUGUUGAUACGCGAACUUUGCGAUCUGUCGGAUGCAUUUUGGCAUAACCAGUUCAAUUUUGUCCGAAGUCUACAAUAUUACCAAACCAAACGCCGUUUACGCUUAUUUUGGCUCCACUGUCGAGAACAUUGGUUGCAUCAGCGUAAAAUCCCAUCGGGGUAUAGUGAAAUAAACAGCAUGCAACAUGCUACGGGAACGCAAAUUGAUUUUGGUGCUAUUGAAGCGAGCACGAGUUACCAUCCCACUGAAAAUUUCGACCAUCAACAAACGGAGUGGUGUGAUGUUAUCGAAAUAGUGAAUGGUCUGGAUUUCAAUGCGUCCUUUUAUGAAUACUCUGAUGCACUUCCCAAAUAUUAUACCGACGAAGUUGGCGAGCUUUGCGAAGGCGUCAGCCUUACCUUCAGUGGAAAGAUUUCUAUUCAUUGCGAGCGAUUCUCUAUUAAUUUUAUGUACAACAAUGAGUCGCGAGAUGUUGCGUUGCACAUUAAUCCCAGGCUUCCUCAGAACUACAUUGUGCGUAACACCAAAGUCCGGGGUGUUUGGGGCCGUGAAGAAGUCUCCUCGGCGCUGCCAUUCUUGCUACGUCGCGGCGAUAGGUUUUCAAUUCAAGUGUUUAUUACGGACGCGUGUUAUAUGAUAUCGAUAAAUGGCAAUCAUUUUGCUGAAUAUAGCCACCGCCUACCAUUGAACGGAGUUCAAAUUCUCGAUGUCAAAGGUGACGUGGAAGACGUGGAAAUGAAGCGAGCCGUGGUCCAAGCAUAUCCACAACGGUUUAAUGAAUCAGCGAUACGAGUUAUAGAAGCGCAUCUUUCGACGGAAGCGGACGAAGUUGAUGCCAAUACCGAAGACGUUAUUAGUAUACCGCAUGAAUGGUGUUUAAUCAGUGCGCCCAGUCCAAAACUGGAAAACAACUCAUUGAAGAGCCAUCGCAAAUCUAUUGAUCAAGGACUUACGCUUCCAUACUAUGGGAAAAUUUUGCCAAAAUCAUUGAAGGAAGGCCGCUGCUUAAAGAUUGAUGGCCGUGUUCGUCUAUUGCCCCAUUCGUUUUACAUAAAUUUGCAGCAAGGUCACAACAUUUGGCCGCAUCCCGUCAUUGCAUUCCAUUUGAAUCCGCGCUUUUCACAAAACAGCACUGGUGCUAUAGGAAAGGCCAUUGUCUGUCGCAACGCUUGGUAUAAUGGAUCUUGGGCGGAAGAGGAGCGAUCUGAACUGGACACAAACUUUAGUCCGGGUCGUACAUUUAGCUUGGUAAUCGCUUGCUCCGCAAACUCAUUUGAAGUCUACGUAAAUCGACAGUUCAUUACUGAAUUUAAAUACCACGUUCAACCCGAUAUUGUCGAUACGGUGUACAUACAGGGUGAUGUCAAGCUCUGGAAUGUGACACUAGAAGUCAAUCCAAUUAUUAAGGGGAAACAUCUGCGCAUCUAUCACAAUCCUUUGCCUGUUGAAGAAUAUUAGAUAAGAAAGUGUAUCCUUUUCCAUUGUUUUCUUGUUGUAAGCUUAAGUAUAAACCAGUUGCCUUUAAAGACAAUAAUUUGCUUUCGAUUUAAACGUCCGGCCAAAAGCAUCGAAAGUAGAACAUCGUGGUAUAUGUUGUUAUAAGCCUGGGUCAAUUUUUACCCUUAACUCAAAUUGUGUAUUGAUGCUUUUGGUAUUCCUUGUUAUAAUUUGUGGUAUAAUCUCUUAAAAGUUCUCCAAAUCUAAAUUUAAGAAACAAAUAAAUCUAAAUACA